AUUCUUGUCUCUCUUCUUCUCAAUUCUCACCCAACAACAGUUCCAACUUUUACCUCCACUCUUCCUCUUCACUCCAACAACAAUAACAACAGCAAACACUUCCUUCUUCUAUGGCUCAAAUUGCGCUUCUUGCUCCAUCAACUGUCGUAGCUAUUACUGGCAUGGGGAAUAAGCAAUUGAGGAAACUCUCUGCUGCAAGAUACAGAGUGAAAUCGCCGCCACCAUCCUCGUCGCCACACUUUCUGAGUUGGAGGAUUGAAAAGCUUCCUUGGUUUGAUUCAUCAAAUUCAUGUGGUGGUGGUAGAAGUGCUGUGGUGAAGGUAUCUGAAGGUGGAGCCAUUUCCCUCCCUCAUGAUUGGUCACUGGAAAAGGGUUCAGGAGAUCAAGCAACUGGGUCGUCAACGAGAAUGAAGGGUUCGAGCCGUUUCUUCACGAUUGGGCUUGUUGCAGCGUGGUACUCUUCCAACAUUGGAGUGCUUCUGUUGAAUAAGUACUUGCUCAGCAACUAUGGUUUCAAGUACCCGAUCUUUCUCACCAUGUGUCACAUGACUGCGUGCUCGUUGCUCAGCUAUAUUGCCAUCGCGUGGAUGAAGGUUGUGCCUAUGCAGACCAUUCGAUCCAGGGUUCAAUUCUUCAAGAUCUCUGCGCUUAGUCUCAUUUUCUGUGUCUCUGUGGUGUUUGGGAACAUCUCGCUUCGGUAUUUGCCUGUGUCUUUCAACCAGGCUAUUGGUGCUACCACGCCUUUCUUCACUGCGGUUUUUGCUUACAUCAUGACAUUCAAGAGGGAGGCUUGGCUCACUUACCUGACCCUUGUUCCUGUUGUUACUGGGGUUGUCAUUGCAAGUGGGGGUGAACCAAGUUUCCAUUUAUUUGGAUUCAUAAUAUGUAUUGCGGCUACAGCGGCAAGGGCCCUAAAAUCAGUGCUACAAGGAAUUUUGCUUUCUUCUGAAGGAGAGAAGCUGAAUUCUAUGAACCUUCUCCUUUACAUGGCUCCAAUGGCUGUGGUUUUUCUUCUUCCUGCCACACUUAUAAUGGAAGAAAAUGUUGUUGGCAUCACCUUGGCGCUCGCCAGAGAUGAUGUCAAGAUCAUUUGGUAUCUUCUAUUUAAUUCGACACUUGCGUAUUUUGUCAACCUGACCAAUUUUCUGGUCACGAAACAUACCAGUGCUUUGACCCUUCAGGUACUAGGGAAUGCUAAAGGGGCUGUAGCAGUAGUAGUUUCAAUUCUAAUAUUUAAAAACCCAGUGUCAGUCACUGGAAUGAUGGGUUAUGCGCUCACAGUCUUUGGAGUAAUACUUUACAGUGAAGCCAAAAAGCGAAGCAAGUGAGGCUCAGAUCACAGUGAACCUGGAAUAUUUUGUUUUCGUUACUACACAGAAACCUCACGAUUCCAUGAGGCAAAUUUGUUUAGCAAGCUAGUGAUCAGAAUCUGAAGUUUUUUUUACUCUAAUAUACGAUUUUUUGUACUCCCCAAUAGUAAAAGCCUCAUUAAAUAUGUUCCUCUGGUGCCGCAAUGAUGCAGAAAUAGACCACAGUACAAAAGUUGCAAUAAGUGAUUCAUGUUCUUCUACUUUACCUUAGUUGGGAUAACUGAUUAAAAUGUAUUUCUGUCAUUAAUUCUUUGAGGAAAGGGUUGUAAAAUGGAUAACUCUUAUAUUGUUAACACUGCUUACAUUUGUUUAUUAAUGAUAAAAUUCAGAUUUUUGUCGAA